AUGUAUGCGCUUGUUGCUAAAGAGAUAGGAGCUGAUCAACUGCUGAAAUUUAAUGAGUUUCCGAAAGAAAUUCAGCACAUAUUAAUGGAAUUCCAAGAGCUAGUUGGUGAUGAAUUACCACAAGGUUUACCACCAAUGAGGAGUAUUCAACAUGCUAUUGAUUUGGUGCCUGGAGCAGCAUUACCUAACCUUCCUGCAUAUCGGAUGCCACCCACCCAACGAGCUGAAAUUCAGAGGCAAGUAGAAGAUCUAAUUGCUAAAGGGUUAGUGCGUGAAAGCAAAAGUCCAUGCGCAGUUCCAGCAUUGUUAACACCAAAGAAAGAUCAAACAUGGAGGAUGUGUGUGGACAGUCGUGCCAUUAACAAGAUUACAGUGAAAUACCGGUUCCCUAUCCCUCGAUUAGAAGAUAUGCUUGACAUGCUGGCAGGAUCUAAGGUGUUCUCCAAAAUUGAUUUGAGAAGUGGGUACCAUCAAAUUCGCAUGAGGAGCGGUGACGAAUGGAAAACAGCUUUCAAAACUCCUAAUGGCCUUUACGAGUGGUUAGUGAUGCCAUUUGGACUCUCCAAUGCUCCAAGCACAUUUAUGCGAGUCAUGACUGAGGCCCUUCGGAAGGAACAACUUUAUAUAAAUCUUAAAAAGUGUUCCUUCUUGAGCGACAAAGUUGUAUUCCUAGGCUUUGUUGUUUCAACUAAUGGCUUGCAAGCAGAUCCUGAGAAGAUAAGAGCUAUUAUGGAGUGGCCAGUGCCACAAUCUGUGGGUGAUGUUCGGAGUUUUCAUGGAUUGGUCUCGUUUUAUAGGAGGUUCAUCCGUGGUUUCAGCUCUAUUAUGAAUCCGAUCACUGAAUGCUUGAAACAAAACAGCUUUGAAUGGUCAAAGUCAGCACAAAGAGCUUUUGAACAAAUAAAGGUAUUGAUGACAGAAGCUCCAGUACUUACUUUACCAGAUUUUGAGAAGUUAUUCACUAUUGAAUGCGAUGCAUCCCAUGUUGGAAUUGGGGUUGUUUUGAGUCAAGAAGGCAGACCCGUGGAGUUCUUUAGUGAGAAGUUGUCUGGUGCUAAAUGUCGCUAUUCUACCUAUGACUUAGAAUUUUACGCUUUGGUUCGGGCAAUUCAACAUUGGGAGCACUACCUCGCUUAUAAAGAAUUCGUGGUUUAUUCUGAUCAUCAAGCUUUAAGGUACUUGAACUCUCAAAAGAAGUUGAAUGCUCGGCAUGUCAAAUGGAGUUCAUAUCUUCAAGAAUUCAAUUUUUCUCUCAACUACAAGACGGGUGAAUCUAACAAAGUUGCGGAUGCCUUGAGCCGAAGGAAUCUAUUAUUAACAACGAUGAGUACCCAAGUUAUUGGCUUUGAGGAGUUAAAAGAACAAUAUGCUACGGAUUCAUAUUUCAGCUCUAUAGUUUCUGAACUCCAAGGUCCAACAGGUUGGAAGAUGUUACCAUUUCGAAUGCAUGAUGGGUAUUUAUUCAAAAGAAAUUUGUUGUGUAUUCCCGAGGGAUCAUUACGUGAACAAAUCAUUAGGGAGCUUCAUGGCAAUGGAUUAGGAGGACAUUUUGGAAGGGAUAAAACAUUGGCUAUGGUGACUGAUCGUUAUUAUUGGCCUGGGAUGUACAAGGACGUUGAUAGACUUGUCCGUAAGUGUCAAAUCUGUCAGUUUGGCAAAGGAAGUUCACAAAAUACGGGUUUAUACACGCCCUUACCAGUUGCAGAAGCCCCUUGGGUUCAUAUUAGUAUGGACUUUGUGUUAGGACUUCCGAAAACAGCCAGAGGACAUGAUAGUCUUUUUGUCGUGGUAGAUCGCUUUUCCAAGAUGGCACAUUUCAUUCCAUGUGCUAGAACAGCAGAUGCUACACAUAUAGCUGAUUUAUUCUUUAAAGAAGUGGUGAGACUACAUGGUGUGCCAACAUCUAUCGUUUCAGAUAGGGAUGUUAAGUUUACUGGGCAUUUUUGGAGGACUCUUUGGAGGAAGUUUGGAACUGAUCUAAAGUAUUCUAGCACUUGUCAUCCGCAGACGGAUGGUCAAACUGAAGUAGUAAAUAGAAGUCUGGGUAAUAUGCUAAGGUGCCUUGUUGGAAGCAAUGUCAAGACAUGGGAUUUGAUCAUUCCACAAGCUGAAUUUGCAUACAACAAUUCUGUGAAUCGAUCAACAAAGAAGACACCAUUUGAAGCUGCUUAUGGACUUAAACCUCAACAUAUUAUUGACCUAGUUCCACUUCCACAAGAGAUGAGGGUGAGUGAUGAAGGAGAGGGUUUUGCAGAUCACGUGAAAAGAGUGCAUGAGGAAGUAAAGACAGCUAUAAAGGCUAGUAAUGAGUCAUAUGCAGCCGCUGCAAAUCAACAUCGGAGACUCAAAGAUUUUGAAGAAGGUGAUAUGGUUUUGGUGCAUUUAAGACGAGACAGAUUCCCGAAAGGCACAUACCAUAAAUUGAAGUCUAAAAAGUUUGGGCCAUGCAAGGUGUUGAAGAAAAUUAGUUCAAACGCCUACAUGUUAGAGCUGCCCCCUGAUCUCCAGAUUAGCCCAAUUUUCAAUGUGUCUGACUUGUAUUUAUUUGAAGGAUUUGAUGAGGAACCAGUUUCAACAGAGGCACAAAUCCAACAACUUCCAAAGGCUCACCCUGAAAUUGUUGAAGAUGUGUUGGAUAUCAAAGAGGUAAAGUCAAGGAGAGGUAACCAGUAUAGGCGGUUCUUAGUGAAAUGGUUGGGUAAGAACGCUACUGAGAGCACGUGGGUUCCUGAAGAAGAAUUAAAGAGGAUUGAUCCAGAAAUAUAUGCUGAAGUUGUUAAAGCUUUCUCACCAGAGUCGAGUUCUUUCCAACCCGGUGGAGUUGAUGCAGGAGCAUCAAUCCUAGUCAAAAAGGGCUAA